AUGAUCCCACGAACCCUUGCUCCGGUCGUGGUUCCUCUGAAACCCAUCACCUCUACGAGGUUCUUGUUGUUCUCCCUGUCCCAAUUUUCCACAACCCCGAACCGCGACACCGCAAUUCUGGCGCGUCUUAAACACAAAGACUGGCUCACUCCGAAAGAAGCCACCACCCUCUUAACCUCCCUCACACACCCUUCCUCCACCCUCACCUUCUUCCACCUCUACACCUCCCGCAAGGACUUCCACCCCUCCGAACCCCUCUGCACAACCCUAAUCUCCAAACUCGCCCAAGCGCACCAACUCAACCCUAUCCUCACCCUCCACCAAACCCUAACCAAACGACGCCGCUUCUCCGACGACUUCUUCUACACCUUAAUCAAAGCCUACGCGCACUCCUUCCAGCGCGUGGACAUGGCCCUCCAAACCCUCCACGACAUGAACUCCUUGUUCCACUGCUCCCCUUCCACGCGCACUUUUAAUUUCGUCCUCAACGUGCUCGUGAACACGCGCCUCUACGCCGCGGCGCGCGAGCUUUUCCUCCACGCGCCGCCGCUUGGGGUCUCCCCGGACGCGUGCACGUUGAACAUUGUAAUCAAGGGGCUGUGCGCGCGCGGGGAGAUGGACGCGGCGUUCGGGGUGUUGGAAGAGUUUCAUGAGUUAGGGUGUGAAGCGAACGCGCGUACCUACGCGACGCUGAUGAAGGGUUUGUGUGAGAAAGGGAGGGUGGAGGAGGCUUUUGGGUUGUUGGAGAAGAUGGAGGAAGAAGGGGUGGAAACUGACGUGGCAGUGUACAAUGUGUUGAUUGGGGGGUUGAGGAAAGUGGGUAGGGUGGAUGAGGGGUGGAGGGUGUUGGAGGGGAUGGUGGGGAGAGGGGUGUGUCCCAAUGAGGGGACUUACAAUGAGGUGUUGUGUGGGUUGGUGGAGAAGGGGAGGGUUGAGGAGGGGAAGGGGGUUGUGGAGAGGAUGGGGAAUAAGGGGUUUGUGCCUAGCUUUGGGGCCUAUAAGGAUUUGGUUAAAGGGUUUUGUGAGAAGGGGUUGGUUGGGGAGGUUGAGUGGGUUGUUUGGGAUAUGGCGUGGAAGGGGUUUGUGCCCAAGAUGGGGAUGUGGAGGAGGAUUGUGAAAUGUGUUGUUGACAGGGAAAGGAGUGAUGGGUGGGUGGUUGGUGCCAUUGAUGGUGUUUUGGAGGAUUAA